AUGGUUUUAAAAGUUUUAGAUCUAGCCGUUGUUAAUUGUAGAAGUUGUUUGCUUUCCGUAGGAAAACUCAGGAGCUUAACGUACAUCAAACAUGGUCCUUGUUUUGAAUCUCUUCCUGCAUGUCUCACAAAUCUUUUAUCCUUGCAAACUAUAGACCUACGACAUUCUGGGGUUCAACACUUACCAGAAAACUUUUACACAUUGAGUAAAUCUUUAAGGCACUUGUAUGUCGGAGAUAAGUUGAUUGAUUUACCACCUAGGUUUGGGGAAUUUUUAGAACUGCAAACAUUAGAUGUUUUUAUUGUAGGAAAAAACAAUGAGUUAAGCACAUUGUUUCGUCUUGCCAAACUCGGUGGGAAACUGAAGAUCCGCUAUCAAAUAGAUCGCAAGAAACGAGUGAUACCUAAAAUUGUUCAAAUGUUAGUAGCUUUGGAGCUAGAUGUCUUGUCAUUAAUGUGGUCGUCUUCGAAUUCAGAACCAUUUGGUAGUAUUGACCCAAAGAAAGAGGUUGUGGAGACUGAGUUCUUGCAACCACCUCCUACAGUCAAGAACUUGGUAGUUCAAGGUUGGAACAAAUUGAGUUUUCCGGAAUGGACCAUGAACCAAUUCCCAUCCUUGCUCAAUAACCUUAUAUCCUUGCAUAUAACAGAUUGCACUAGCUGCCAGUGUUUGCCAUCGUUUAGUACUAUCCUCAAUUUUGAGUAUCUUGAGAUUUGGGGCCUUGAUGCCUUGGAGUGGAUAGAGAGUUGUGGCAAUAAUGUUGAUGUUUCUUCUUCUGUGAAAGCAUUCUUCUCUUCCCUUAAAUAUCUCAAGGUGGCUAAUUUACCGCGAUUAAAAAGGUGGGAAGAAUCGAAUGUACAAGAUGCACCCCAAAAGAUAUUCAAGUUUCUUUCAGAAAUAAGGAUAAGUGGUCGUCCAAAUCUUAUGUCAAUACCUUCUGCUCCAAGCCUUGAGACUCUGGAAGCAAGUAACAUUCAUGCUGAGCUUCUUAAACAACUUUUGGAUGGCCAAAAAUCAGUCUUGUCUUCCACGCUGAAGGAGCUGCACAUCAACUCGGUUCAUGAACUAGAAUCGCUCUCAAUCAAUGUCUUCCUUACAAAACUUAAGACUGAGAAUUGUGAAGAGCUGGAUUGUAAGGCAUUGACGGAUGUUGAUCAAGAAAUCAUUGGUACUUCAGGAGCUACUUGGAAAGGCCUCGAGAAGUUUUACUUGUUGAAACUGACUUAA